AUGGCAUACACUGGUUUUCCAAAUUAUCAGGUAAACCAUGAAUUUGCCUUGUUUAAGAGGGGUAGAUUUGGUUUCCAUAACUCCACAGCGCCAUAAAGCUCCAACAGACUCUCUUGAAUAACUGAUUCUUGAGCAAUCAACCUUUCAUAAUCAAUUGACUUGCUUUGCGACAGUCUGAUUCUUCUAACCUGAACCCCAUACUAAUCCACAGGUCCCCUAAUCCACAAAAUCAUCUCACAAAUAAUCCUGAACUUCUUUCCCACCGUUGUAUGCCUUAUUGGUACUUCCGCCUUGGUAAUUCGCUUUUUCGCCCUCGUUGUGUAAAUUUUCUCUGACAAAGCUUUCCUUAGAUCAUUGCUGCCCCUGCUAUGCCAGCAGCAGCUGAUGAGGGGUUUGAAUUGCCUUACCCCAUCUCUGAACUUAUGCUCGUGGGUAACAUUGGAGGAUAUGAUGUUCAAUUGAAUGGUACUAUUCAGGUCAGUGCCAUAAGCUUAAGUUUAACUAGAAUAUCACUUUAAUAGUAACACCAUAUAGCAAGUUUACGCUCAGGUUCUGAAGGCACAUCCAGAGCUUGGUGAAAAAUCGAUCUUGCCUUCAGCUGCGAUUACCACUUCUCGCGAUUCUAGUAACGCUCUCGGUCAUGGACUCACGCCUGAGUGCGAGGAUGCUGAUGGUUCCUCACGUAAAUUGGGAUGCGCCACUGAUUCAAACAUCCGGGACGGAAUCGCGUAUCUCAGUAGGUCCAGCCAUCCUCUCCCAAACAUCUGUCUAACUGUACUAAUAUUACACUCCCACAAGAAGAACCGCAUCGUGCUGGUAGUGGAGACUGCUGGGUUGGUGCAAAAAAAUGCAGCCGGAUUUCAUGCUCAUACUACAGUGCCAUCUCAUUGUGUAAUGAUGUAAGCUGCCCUAGCCAUUUUUGUCCUAUCUGUUUCUGAUUAUUGAGCAGAACGACUACGAAAUUCAUCCACGCUGCUCGUAUAUGGCACAAUAUGUUGAAGCAAUCUUGAAUAAAUGCGGAACAACUGUAGCUAACGAACCAUGCACUGGAAGACUGGUAAGGGAACUUCUCGAUCAAUUUCACUACACUAGAGCCUUUAGGUCCCUCUCUUACUAUGAAAACUACAGGAGGCUGCUGGCUUGUUCUUAGCGCCAUUCAUAAAUCCUCUAUCUUCUUCAAGGUAAAAUUAAUACUGAUUUUGAAAACAAUUUCUAGAAUCGUGAUACCGACAACAACUAUGUGACUGUGGGCAUCGGCAAAUGCUAA